AUGGUAUGCCAUCUCACCAAAAUCUUUCAAGGACAACUGACCCAGUACCGUUUGAAUUCCCAUGGAGAAAUUCUAUUCCAGCUGAUGACAGGUACAGAAGGUGGGACUGAACAAAAGGCGAUUGAGACAAAAGAUACACAUGAUGGGACUGAACAAAAGGCGACUGAGACAAAAGGUACAGAAGGUGGGACUGAACAAAAGGCGACUGAGACAAAAGGUACAGAAGGUGGGACUGAACAAAAGGCAAUUCAGACAAAAGAUAUAGAAGGUGGGACUGAACCAAGGGGGAUUGAGACAAAAGGUACAGAAGGUGGGAAUGAACAAAGGGCAAUUCAGACAAAAGGUACGGAAGGUGGGAGUGAACAAAAGCCAAUUGAGACAGAAGGUGGAACUGAACAAAAGGCCACUGAGACAAAAGAUAUAGAAGGUGGGACUGAACAAAAGGCAAUUCAGACAAAAGGUAUAGAAGGUGGGACUGAACAAAGGGCAAUUCAGACAAAAGCUACAGAAGGUGGGACUGAACAAAAGGCGAUUGAGACAAAAGGUGGAGAAGGUGGGAGUGACCAAAAGGCGAUUGAAACAAAAGGUGGGAGUGACCAAAAGGCAAUUCAGACAAAAGAUGGAGAAGGCGGGACAGAACAAAAGGUGAUUGAGACAAAAGGUGGAGAAGGUGGGAGUGACCAAAAGGCAAUUCAGACAAAAUAUGGAGAAGAUGGGACUGAACAAAAGGCAAUCGAGACAAAAGGUGGAGAAGAUGGGACUGAACAAAAGGGGAUUGAGACAAAAGGUGCAGAAGGUGGGACUGAACAAAAGGCAAUUGAGACAAAAGGUGCAGAAGGUGGGACUGAACACAAGGCAAUUGAGACAGAAGGUGGGACUGAACAAAAGGCGACUGAGACAAAAGGUGGAGAAGGUGGGAGUGACCAAAAGGCAAUUCAGACAAGAGAUGGAGAAGGCGGGACUGAACAAAAGGCGAAUGAGACAAAAGGUACAGAAGGUGGGACUGAUCAAAAGGCGAUUGAGACAAAAGGUGGAGAAGUGGGAGUGACCAAAAGGCAAUUCAGACAAAAGAUGGAGAAGGCGGGACUGAACAAAAGGUGA